ACAAGCGGAGUUUUCAGUUGCGGCCGCUACUAUGGGUGGGGGCGCUGCACAUCGGCGAACGUGAGCGAACGUAAGGCGCACGUUUCCAAGGGAGAGCCGGCCGUCCAUGUGGUCCAUGCGCCGGGAAGCAAACGUUGCGAAGUAGCGUGGUUCCUGUUUCACGUACGUUUUUAAUUUAUCGUCCAGCUGUUUCGUUACGCGUUUCUAACGUGGAGUUACUAGAUGCGUCACGGCAUACGCAAUGCCAAAGAACUGUUGUGUGCCGGGAUGCAAAUCCAAUGCUGCGAGGAACUCCGACCUUUCUUAUCACGAGCUGCCGGCGAAGGAACAACUCCGGGAUGUCUGGCUGCGGCAUAUUUCGCGACAAGGCAACCAGAAAGGUAGCCAGUGGGUGCCGAACUCCAGGGCCGUCGUUUGUUCGCUUCACUUCAAGAAGGACGACUACAAGGAAGGAUUAAAACGUAAGGUGCUGCGGCCGACAGCCGUGCCGACUCAAUUUCCGUCGUACCCUGUAUACAUGCUGCCCGCGGCUUCGAAGAAACGCCGACCAGUAGUACGUGUCGCACCUGCCACUGUCAUAACUAAAGUAGGCGACUCAUUGCAGGAGCUGUGUGCAGCAUCAGAAAACGAAGCGUCCCGCCGCUCUGAUGCGGACUUAGGUAAAAUUGAAGGCGACGUCGAGCUCCGCGCAACGCCGCCGCAUGCGGACGAGGUCGCUGGUCCGGAAAACUGCUUGGCCACAGGAUGCAGCUUGCAAAGCGGUGUGAAAGCGCAAGAAUGCCAGACUACCUUCUGUUUAACAAGCUUUAUGGCAAAUACCAAGAGAAACGCGCACCGCCUGCAAAUGCAAGCUAGCAGACUCAACGAGCGACUACAAAAGCUGCAAAAAAAAUGCGACGACGUUCAGGAGAAGCUAAAGCUAUACGAAGGGGACCAGGCGGUGCAGGCUAUAACGAAGAUAAGAAAAGCAGCAGCGGAGGGCGACAAAACUGCCGAGUUUCUCGUUGAACAAGUUGAAAAUUUUAGUAAGGUCAGACCAACAUGGCAAGAGAAUACAGUUCGAGAAUGUGUGCUGUGGAAGGCAACGUCUCGUAAAGGGUACGAACACGUGAGAGCGAGAAAGCUUCUCAGGCUGCCUUGCCGAUCUACGCUGCAGAAAUUUGUUGGGUCAUCUACAGGAGAGACCGGAAUAACUAGCCUGAUCCGCGAACGUCUCCAAGUGGAAAGGCGUAGUUUACUCUCAGAAAAAGAGCCGUACUGCAGCCUCAUAGUUGACGAAAUGUCAAUACAGCAGAAAAUUACUUAUGAUCGACAAGUGGAUAGAAUUUUUGGGCUCGUCGAUGUACAGUGCCAGGCGCGAGAACCUGCUGCUGUUGUAGCCAACAGGCUUCUUUGCUUUGUUUUGCGUGGACUCUCAACAGUAUAUGUGAUUCCAGUAGGUUAUUUUUUUACGAGAAAUUUGAAGCACGAUAAGCUUCUUCUCCUGACGCGCAGUGUCAUCAAGGCAGUUGAAGAAAUAGGAUUUCGAAUUGUCCGCAUUGUCACUGACAACCACCAAACCAACACAGCCAUGUUCCGGAACUUGUCCGAUGACAACACACUCCAGCAUGUCGUCCCACAUCCAGAGCGCGAAGGCGAGCCUCUAUUUUUGUCAUUUGACCCCAGCCACCUGAUCAAAAACUUAAGGACGAACUUGCUGGAAAGAGAAAUGUCCGACGGUAUCGAGCCAAUCAAAGGAGGCGUUUUCCUGAAGACACUCUACAACAUCCAGAGAGAUAUGCUUGUUAAGCCAGUGCGACUGUUGAGCCGAGCUCACGUUGAACCCAGCAAUCUUGAAAAGAUGAAGGUCUGUCGCGCGACAUUGGUUUUCUCGCCUACGGUAAUCGCCAUCCUCGAGUACCUUCAAAAAAAUCCUCGAUCACAUGAGAAGGCUGCGCAAUUUCAGGAUUGUCGGUCAACUAUCACAUUCAUGAAAUAUGUUGGAUUGUGGUAUGACCUCCAUGACAUUUCUGGUUGGAAAUCGAGGGAAAGGCCAUUCGUCAAAACUGAGGAUGAUAGGUUGGCUUGGCUUGAAGUUGACUUCAUCAGUUACCUCGAAAAUGUGAGACGUGAAAGCAUGAAAGCCCGUAUGCAGUCGCUUACAAAGGAGACCUACGAGGCUACCGUAAUGACAACUAGAUCAACGGUUGCCGUCGUUGAGUACAUGCUGACCGACCUGGGGUAAGCACAAAUUUUGCGAAAUUUUGCCUGCUAAUUUCACGUUCUGAUUAUAGCUUGGCUAAUGUGAUGCGUGACUUCAAGGUGUUAACCAUACUUGUUGUUGUUUGGCUUUUAAAACACUGCA